AAAAGCGGGAAUCGCAUCUGAGAAAACAAAAGACUACGAAAAGAAUAACGUUGUCGUCACUCUUCAACCAGCCGUUCCCUUCUCUCUCUGCAUACGUAUUCGCUUUCUCUCUCUCGAAAACUAUAUACGCAACUAUAUAUAGAGAGAGGAACGGAGGUUUGUGAUGGCAUAAACUUUGCUUUUUAGUUUCUCAUUAUUCAUCUUCCCGCUUUUUGCUCUCUCUCUUUCUAAUUGAACAUUGUCAUUAUUAUAGUUGUUGCAAUUGUUGCGUUUGAGUAGCUAGAUAGGCAGAGAGAGAAAUUUCUACCAAGGUUUUUUACAGACAGAAGGCGAAAUUUUCUGAUGGGGUCAUCGGGACAAGGGCAGAGCAACUAUGAUCUGUCUUUCAAGAUCUUGCUGAUCGGGGAUUCUGAUGUCGGCAAGAGUAGUCUUAUUGUCAGUUUUAUUUCUAAUGCUGUUGGCGAUCUUGCCCCUACAAUUGGUGUGGAUUUUAAGAUCAAAUUCCUCACGGUGGGCGGGAAAAAGUUGAAGCUUACAAUUUGGGACACUGCUGGACAAGAGAGGUUCAGGACAUUGACGAGCUCAUAUUAUAGAGGUGCCCAAGGGAUUGUUCUCGUUUAUGAUGUAACAAGAAGAGAUACCUUUACAAAUUUAUCUGACGUAUGGACAAAAGAAGUGGAACUUUACUCCACUAAUCAGGAUUGCAUCAAGAUGCUUGUUGGAAACAAAGUAGAUAAAGAAUCUGAACGAGCUGUAAGUAGGGAAGAAGGAAUUGCCCUCGCAAAAGAGUUUGGAGGUUUGUUUCUUGAAUGCAGUGCCAAAACUCGGGAAAAUGUGGAUCGGUGUUUUGAAGAGCUGGCCUUAAAGAUUAUGGAGGUGCCUAGUCUUCUUGAAGAAGGAUCUACAUCAGGGAAGAGAAACAUCCUGAGACCGACACCAGAACAGCAAAUACCUCCAAAUGGCGGAUGUUGCUAGUAAAUAAAUCACCGCGAAACCGAGGCCAUGAUGUAAAAGCUAUUUUUAAACUUGUACCUUGGAAGACAUUACUAAUCUCGAGUUUCUCUUCGAUGAUCUGUGAUCAAAUUAUGUAAUGUAAAUGUAAUUUCUUUUAGUUUGUUGUGCUCUGGAUACAUGUGUUCCUGCUCUGGGAUUGUUGAAUAAUAUCUGUUAGCUUGUAUAAAUUUGUUGGCACUGCUUUUAUAUUCU